AAGAGAGCCCUGUUCUCCAUCACACACACGAGCGGGAGGAGACAGAGCCGGUGGUGGGUCUGUCAGAGCUUAUAAAGGUGGGGGCUGAGCCUGCCCUGCGACCAGCUUCUCGCACUGAGCACUUGGGCAGCGCCCUCCAGAAGCAGCCUGUGGACCAGCCUGGCAGGUGCAGUUUGGCUCAUUGCCUGUGGGUCUCCCCUCAGGCCUGGCCCUUUCUGAACCGCCCUGAGCCGAGAUGGUGACCCUGCUGCUGCUCUCUGUCCUGGUGGGCCUCUCCAGCGUGGCUGAUGGUCAGGGCGUGCACCUGGGCUGGUGUCCUGAGCCUCCUGUCCAGGAGAACUUUGACACCCUGAAGUAUCUCGGGAGAUGGUACGAGAUUGAGAAGAUCCCCGUGAGUUUUGAGAAGGGAAGCUGUAUCCAGGCCAAUUAUUCCUUGAAAGAGAACGGGAAGAUCAAAGUGCUCAACCAGGAGAUUCGACCCGAUGGCAGUGUGAACCAGGUGGAGGGGGAGGCCGCCCCCACCAACCUCACAGAGCCCGCCAAACUGGGAGUCAAGUUCUUCUGGUUGAUGCCCACUUCUCCCUACUGGGUCCUGGCCACGGAUUACGAGAACUAUGCCCUUGUAUACUCCUGUACCACCUUCAUCUGGCUCUUCCACAUGGACUACGCCUGGAUCCUGGCCAGACGCCCGUACCUCCCGCCCGCCAUAGUGAGCCAGCUGAAGGGCAUCCUCAGCGCCAAUGGCAUCGACAUUGAGAAGAUGGUGCCCACUGAUCAGAUGAACUGCCCCGAGUUCCUCUAGAAAGCCCGCCCCGGCCUCCCUGGGCCACCAGCUUGUGCCCGCCCUGGCCACCUGCCCCUGCCUCUCGCUUUGCUCCUUGGAAAGAAAGCAGCAGCCUGGAAGCUGGGCCUAAUCCCCACCGGCUGGCCAGGCAGGCCCUCUCAGGCUCCAGGGAGCUGGGGUCCAUGGGGAGCGGGAGGAGAAGCCUUUGGGAAACAUGGCCUAGAAACCUGGCUUUGCCCCCGCCCCGGUCAGUCAGGACCCCGUGGCAGCCCUGGCUGACACGCCCCACCCCCCCUUCCUACCAAGAUCACUAACGCCCCCCUGCCUCACAGCAGCCCUGCCCCGGGGGAGAGCCGGGCCUCCCAGAUGUGGCCCAGGAGGAGAGAAGGCCCGGCCUGCCCCGGCCCCCCAGCGAGGGCACCGAGAAAUGCUUGCUUAGCGAGGCUGCCAAUAAAACGUCCAGGUUCCGCCUUAA